AUCCCUCAGUCUGACACCAUGACAACCGCAGCGCGCGAACGCUGGAAUUUUUGCUGCUCCCGCGAAGCCCAAUAUGAAGACAAGAUGCCGCCAUACGAGCGCGAGACGCACUUGUUCUCUUGAAAUAUUCUUCGCUCCGCACUUUUGGAAGAAGACGUCGGAGAAUUGCAAAACCACCUGUUUCUAGCGUCCGUCGGCAAUGUGAGUUAAACAGCCUUUCGAUUGGCCAAACCUUAAUAUUUCUGUGCCGUAAGAACUGCGCUGGUUUGAUCACACUAAAAUCAGGAGCGAUGAAAUGCGCAUUGGAGUCAGGGAUGCUCCUCAUGGCGUUAACGCGUGGAGAGCCAACUGGGGCGUGUGUGCAAUGCGUGUUAAUGCAUGUGUGAGAGAGUGAGAAAGGAAAAUAGAGGAAAGAAAAAAGGCUUGUACAUUCGCCGCACGCGCUCUACUGGCUCCAAAUGGGGAAUAUGAGGAUCUUGUGAGGACGCCAAAGAUAAAUAGUAUUCCAGACUCUCCUGCCACACAAGAGGACCACGGAACACCCUCCUCAGAGAGCCCUUGUUUAAUACAAGGUGCGAUUGAAUAUCCAUAGUAAGACGCGUCAGCAGCAUCCAUCAUGAAUCCCAUGUCACAUCUAUACUACAAAAAGAGCAGCUACUCUCCGUACCGGGACCGGAUCCCUCUACAGAUCGUCCGGGCAGAGGUAGAGCUGUCACUAGAGGAGCGAUCAUUUCUUUUGGCCGUGGAAAAAGGCGACUAUGCAGGGGUCCAGCAUGCACUGCGUGAGGCAGAGGUCUAUUACAACAUUGAUGUGAACUGUGUGGAUCCACUAGGCCGCAGCGCGCUGCUAAUUGCUAUUGAGAAUGAGAACCUUGAGGUGAUAGAGCUACUUUUGGGUCACGGAGUGAACACUGGAGAUGCUUUGCUCUACGCCAUCCGCAAAGAAGUGGUGGGAGCCGUGGAGUUACUACUGUCCCACAGGAAACCCAGUGGAGAGAAACAGGUUCCAUCAUUAAUGAUGGACGCCCAGUUUUCUGAGUUCACACCUGACAUCACUCCCAUCAUGCUCGCUGCCCACACAAACAACUAUGAGAUCAUCAAACUCCUCGUCCAACGCAAAGUCACCAUCCCUCGGCCGCACCAGAUCCGCUGUGACUGUGUGGAGUGUGUGUCCAGCUCUGAAGUGGACAGCUUGCGUCACUCUCGGUCCCGUCUCAACAUCUAUAAAGCGCUCGCCAGCCCCUCUCUCAUCGCCCUCUCCAGCGAGGAUCCCAUACUAACCGCCUUUAGAUUGGGCUGGGAACUGAAGGAGCUCAGUAAAGUGGAAAAUGAGUUUCGGCAAGAGUACGAGGAGCUUUCUCAACAGUGUAAGCUCUUUGCUAAAGACCUGCUGGACCAGGCACGUAGCUCCCGUGAGCUGGAGACCAUCCUCAAUCACCGUGAUGACCAAAGCGAGGAGCUGGACCCACGAGAGUGCCGAGACUUGGCCAAACUCAAGCUAGCCAUUAAAUAUCACCAGAAAGAGUUCGUGGCACAGCCAAACUGUCAGCAGCUCUUGGCCACACUAUGGUAUGAUGGAUUUCCUGGCUGGCGUCGUCGUCACUGGGCAGUUAAGCUGGUCAUGUGUUUCAUUAUCGGCCUGCUCUUCCCUGUCUUCUCGCUGGUCUACCUGCUGGCUCCCAAAAGCGCGCUGGGGCUCUUCAUCAAAAAACCCUUCAUUAAAUUUAUCUGCCACACAGCCUCCUACCUCACCUUCCUCUUCCUCCUCCUCCUGGCCUCACAGCACAUUGCACGCACCAACCUACACAUACAGGGCCCUCCGCCCACUGUGGUGGAGUGGAUGAUACUACCUUGGGUGCUGGGCUUCAUAUGGGCUGAGAUUAAGGAGAUGUGGGACGGAGGUUUUAAUGAGUACGUCCAUGACUGGUGGAACCUGAUGGACUUUGCUAUGAAUUCACUGUAUUUGGCCACUAUUUCUUUAAAGAUCGUUGCUUAUGUCAAGCACCUGAUUAACUCAAGGAAUUAUGCAAAUCAGUAUAACAGUUCUCGUCCUCGAGAGGAAUGGGAGAUGUGGCAUCCGACGCUGAUCGCCGAGGCUUUAUUUGCCAUUGCUAACAUCUUCAGCUCGCUUCGGCUCAUCUCCCUCUUCACAGCCAACUCUCAUCUGGGCCCACUGCAGAUUUCUCUGGGCCGUAUGUUGCUGGACAUCCUCAAGUUCCUCUUCAUCUACUGUCUUGUGCUGCUGGCCUUUGCCAACGGACUCAACCAGCUUUACUUCUACUACGAGACCGAGGCAGCAGACGAACCCAACCACUGCAAGGGGAUCCGCUGCGAGAAACAGAACAAUGCAUUCUCUACGUUAUUUGAGACACUUCAGUCUCUGUUCUGGUCGAUAUUUGGCCUCUUGAAUCUUUACGUAACCAAUGUGAAGGCUCGGCACGAGUUUACUGAGUUUGUUGGAGCCACCAUGUUCGGCACCUACAACGUCAUCUCACUGGUGGUUCUCCUCAACAUGCUCAUCGCUAUGAUGAACAACUCCUACCAGCUGAUCGCUGACCAUGCUGACAUCGAAUGGAAGUUUGCUCGGACCAAGCUGUGGAUGAGUUACUUUGAUGAGGGUGGGACACUCCCUCCACCGUUCAAUAUAGUCCCCAGUCCUAAGUCCUUCUGGUACCUGUGUCUGUGGGUACACGGGCGGCUCUGCGGGUCGGAGACUGCUCCACCUGAAGAAAUCCCCCAUAAACACGAGAAUCUGAAGGAGUUUACGGAAAAGCAUGCUGACAGGCUGAUCCAGAAUCAGCAUUAUCAGGAAGUCAUCCGUAGUCUAGUGAAGAGGUACGUGGCGUCCAUGAUCCGCAACGCUAAGACAAACGAAGGGCUGACGGAGGAGAAUUUUAAGGAGCUGAAACAGGACAUUUCCAGCUUUCGCUACGAAGUUUUGGACCUUCUCGGCAACCGAAAGCUGCCCCGGCGUAACUAUUCCUCCAGCAGCGAGGCCACGCUUCGAGACGAGGCCAGCGACGAUGGCGAGGCCUGUUACCACAGCGACGGGAGCAGCGUCGGGGCCAAAGGCGUCUCUUUCAAAACCAUUACGCCUUCAGAUCCGUCGUACGGAGUCUCCGCCCUUUUCCGCUCCAUCUCCGGAAUGGAGGCCUCCCCGACGGAGACGACGGCGGCGGCGGCGGCAUCGUCGUCUGCGUACAGGGAAGGUAAACCAAAGAUCAACGGACUGAGGAAGAAUCCCUCGCCCUCCUCUUCCCUGUCCUCAGUGGCUCCAGCAAGACCUGCACUUUCACGGACUUGGAGGCGCUUUUCACGCUUCUCUAGUUCCAAGAAGAACUCCUUCAGACGGCUCGGGCUGCUGUUCUCACGCAUGAGCAGCCACAUCCCGCAGGCCGCAGGUGUCACUGCUGCAACAUACACUAUCUCAGAUGGAUUGCUUCACCCGCCGGGAGCCUGGCAGGACUUGGGCUUCACCAGAGGCGAUGGUCCGGUCACCCGCAGCGAGACCAACCUUCAUCAGGUGGACGUGGCCGCUUUAAAUGAGGGCGACGACAGUGUUGCAAUGCCAACCAGACAGAGAGCUAACGGGAGGGAUGUUUUACUGACACUAGGACCUCUGUGUCCACCUUCUUCCCUGCACUGUGCUUCCAGUUUCUCCGCCUCCAGCUCCCGCCUCCUGGACUCAAACGAGGACGUGUUCCAGGGGUUGGUCGGGCCCUGCGGCGGACGAACGCCAGACUCGUCCCGCUGGGUGACGGAACAGGACGAUUCGGUGACCACACAGCUAUAGUAUUGCUAGUCUAUACUGUACAGCACUUUGAUAAUAACAAUAAUCAGUGAUGAUAUCAAUAACUAUUACCUUAACAACAACCGAUUCUUGUUUGUUCUUUUGUUUGCUGCUGCAAUAUUUUUCAUUUCUCUCUGAGAUUUAACCAAAUCGAAAGUCAUUUACAAGACGGAUGGGGUGAGUAAAGAAAAUGAUGACAGAGAUUCAGAAAGAGACAGAAAAGUGCCAUAAUCAGCAAAGCAGACAAACUCAUUUUUGACCCUGGACUCAUUUUUGUGUCAUUUUCAUUGCAUCAUAUCGUCAAAGGGAUAGUUCACCCAAAAAUCAGUCCGUUUCAAAAACAAAUACAAAACCUGUCCUAAUUGGAAGAAAUCAAGUUUGAAAAAGAUUGAAUCCAAUAUUUGGUGAUAAUAUAGCAUAGCGAUAGAUUUAUAAGCUAUUUUUUUUAUGCCGGGCGGUCAUUUUUUGACCGGGAACACCACAAGUGUGGCUUUGUUCCAUUUUGUACAAGUGUAAUACUACAAGUGUAACAAGGUGGGGGAAAACAUCUCCAAAAAAGUACAAACAUUAUCCCCCCCCAAAAUUGGGAAGAAGUAAUAUUCUGUGUGAAUGAAGUCAGUAAGUUUUAUUCUAACGCGACAACAUUAAAGGUACAAUAUGCAAGAUUGUUUUCGCCACCAGGGGUCGCUUUUAUGGAUGAGUGAAUACAUUGAUGUUAUUAACUUGACUGUAGUAUGAAGCAGAGCGCGCUUGCUAGACGAAUACCAGCGCCACACGCAACGCGAGUCCUGCGGAUAUAAAGACAUUUAAUUCUACCGAACUACUCGCUGAAUUACUCACACAGGUCAGUUUAUUAGAGGAAUUAAACUUGAGGUAACGCAGCGCUGUUGAGGUAACGCACUAUCACUCUAAACGGCAUUGAAUGUUAGUUAGGUUGUUUGUUGGCUGUAUGAGACUAAGCUAGAUUAACAUUAGAGAAUAACAUUCUGAUAAUAUUCUAA